ACCAUUGCUGCCUACCAUAUUUCCAGACUGAUGGAAACCAGGAAAGAGAUAAGAAGAUAGUUCAGCUUCAAGUUAAAUAUAUGCAUGGAUACUGCACUUCACUUUAAAUGUGGUUGAUGUUUGUACCUUCUGCUGGACAGUUGAGCUAACAAGAAGGACUUUGAAAAAGAUUGAAAAAGAACUGCUUGUUAAAAUACUGUGUAUUUAUUUCUCAGAAAUUACUUUUAUUUUUUUUUCUGCUUGAAAGUUUUGCCCUUGAAAAAAAUAAUUGCCACCCUGGCUAAUCCCAGAUCAGAAUGGCUCUAUGCCUUAAGCAAGUUUUUAACAAAGACAAAACAUUUCGCCCCCGUAAGAAAUUUGAGCCAGGCACCCAGCGGUUUGAACUAUACAAGAAAGCCCAAGCUUCCCUCAAAUCAGGACUAGACUUAAAGACUGUAGUCCAGUUGCCCCCAGGGGAGAACAUCAAUGACUGGAUUGCAGUGCACCUUGUGGACUUCUUCAACAGGAUAAAUCUCAUCUAUGGGACCAUAUCUGAAUUCUGCACUGAGAAGAGUUGCCCCAUUAUGUCUGGCGGUCUGAAGUAUGAGUACCGAUGGCAGGAUGAUUAUCGAUUCAAGAGACCCACCAAGCUUUCAGCACCUCAUUACAUGUGCAUGCUGAUGGACUGGAUUGAGACACUAAUUAACAAUGAGGACAUUUUUCCUACUAGAAUAGGUGUUCCUUUCCCCAAGAAUUUCCAGCAGGUCUGCACAAAGAUCCUCACACGCCUCUUCAGGGUUUUUGUCCAUGUUUAUAUCCACCACUUUGACAGCAUCAUCAGCAUGGGUGCUGAAGCUCAUGUCAACACUUGCUACAAACAUUUUUACUAUUUCAUCAGUGAAUUCAGUUUGGUUGACCAAAGGGAAUUAGAGCCUCUGAAGGAAAUGACAGACAGGAUUUGCCACUAAAGAUAAUUUAGACAAUGUUGCAAGAUCAACAUUUAUAUGGACAAGACAUUUUGAUGAU